CUCAUAUUUUACUACUUUCAACCAACUCCGUAAGAAAUGAACAGUGGUGAUGAUUUUUAUUACGUUACAGUUUACUUCGUUAACAAAUUUGAGCAAACUUCAGAACUUUCUAUACCACCAAAUGCCAACCUCUGAAUUUUCAAUAUGCAAAGAAAUCGUCAAAAAAAUAUGAGCAAUCAAAAAGGUGCAUCAGGAAAACAGGUUGUACUCUCGAACAAAAAUGAUUAUUGUUUCAGAUUGUUGGAAGUUCGAAAAAGGAUGGAAAUAUUUUUCCCACAGACAAGGAUGGAAAUAUCAUUCCUGGGACUUACCAAACAACAGUUGGAGGCAAGAAUUCGCUUAUUCUAUACCCGUGAUCUCGUUGUAGAAGUUCGAGUCAAAAAAAUCGAGCCAGCCAAACAUUAUGAUGUUAUAUCGCUGGCACGUGCCAUGAACGAUAACUUCGCACAACAGACCAAAGAACUGUUCAGCCUUGAAGUUGAAGCUGUUCACGAAGCCAUGAGUAGCGGCAUCUACGUGGCGUGGCGGCCGACGGAAAAGCCAUGGAAUCAACAAGAUUGCCAACGUGUUUGCUCAAAGUCACGUUGCUUUUGUGGUCACUUGUUAAAUCAGCACCAAAGGUUUGACGGAAAAAGGCCAUUCCUCGGGUGUGAAGAAAGAGGUUGUGCCUGUCAGGCUUUCAAAUUCGUGCCCAGCAGACCCGAAGAAGUUGGCGAGUACUGGCUCGUCAAACGUCGUGAUUUCGACCGUGCUGCCUACCGAGUCAAGUGCAAAUGUAAACACACUCACGAACAACACGAGGUUCAUCCCCCGCCGUUUCAGUGUAAAGCGAAGGGUUGUGGAUGUUCUGCGUUCACCUCAGCGUUCGUCUGCGCUGCGUGUGAAAAGCCCUGGCAUCUGCAUGAAACCGUGAUUGAGACUGAGGCCGAACGAAGGGCGGCCGGCCGCCAAGUCGGUGAAGCUUGGAUGCCUUUCUCAGAAUUACCGGAGUUGUCGAAAAUCGCGUUGACCGGUGUGGACAACCCAGACAUUCAAACGCUGGCGGACGCCUUACCUCCGGAAGCACGCGAAAGACUGCUAGCGGAACAACAAGGACAUCAAACGCAAUUACCGGGUCCUUCCAAAAGCAGUCGGCUUGGCCAGUAGCUGCUAGUCCCUCAAUACUCGACAAAAAGCGCUGUGUUUUACAGUACUGAGUAUUUGGUUAGAUCACUUAUUUUCACUUUAUUCAGUUGUCUUUUAUUUUGAAGAAGCAAAGUGAAUUGCCAUUGUUUGUUUUUAUUUAUGAUCAUCCUUCGUUUUGUUGAAAUAUAUCACUUCUUU